AUAUUUUUUAGAAAGCUUUUGUUACCGAAACUGUCCCUAAAACCUCUAUACCUUGUAUGGCUUAUUCUGAAGAGCUGAACUCUAAUUUAAAGAAUAUUUUUAAGUUUUACAAACUUCUAGACUAUACACAAGAUGUAUGCAAGCAGAUAUGCUUAUAUGCUGAAUCAGUUUUAAAGACAGUAUGUGUGGAGAAUCCUUUUAAUCUUCAUGAUGAUAAAUGUACAGUGGAGUAUUUACCUAAUGAAAAUUUUUUCAUAUUGAAGAAUUUUUUAAGUGAAAAUGAAAUAGACGCUUUGUUACUGGCUGCACUAACUGAAUGGUGUUAUCUACCUUCAGCAGAGAGUAAUUUAAACACUACUGUAGAUGUGAUAACAAACAGUAAAAAAAUAUCUACUAAGAAUCCAUGGUAUUGUAAACUACGUUGGGUAACAUUAGGAUAUCAUUACCAGUGGAGUGAUAGGACUUACGAUCAAUCCAAAGUUGGAGAGUUCCCCUCACUGUUGAAUGAAAUCACUGUGCAUGUUGUGAAUUUUCUUCGUCAUCUCAUAGAAACUGGCAGUAUUUCUUCUAGCAACUCUACUCGUUUACUAGAAAAAUGCCGCAAGUAUAAACCGGAGGCUUCCAUAGUAAAUUAUUAUCGGACAAAAACCACUAUGGGUUUUCAUUCUGAUGAUGCAGAAUUGGACAAAGAAGCUCCUCUGGUUUCAAUAAGCAUUGGACCUACUGCACUAUUCUUACUGGAGACUUCAGAACCUAUUGACUGUCAAAAUAAUCCUGUACAUGAAUUCACUAAUUCUAAUACCAUAUUACCAGUUUUCCUUCAACACGGUGAUGUAGUAAUUAUGGCUGGUAAAAGUCGUUUAGCUCGUCAUGCUGUUCCCAAUAUCUUCUUCAAUGAUAUUCCUAAUGUUGUAUUAGAAACAGCUCAACGUGUCAGUCACAAGGUUUGUGAAAGUGUUGUACACGAGAAAGGCAAUGACUCAUGUUUACACUGUCAAGAGUUUCUACAGUAUGCAACAUCUACACGAAUAAAUAUGAAUGUGCGUCAAGUGAUGCCUGUAAAUGAAUAAUUUUUCCUUUUUCAAAGUAUAUUAAUAAAGAAAAAUCUUAUUUGUAUUGUUAGUUUUUAUAAAAUAUGUAAAUAUAGU